UCUCUCUUUCUCUCUCUUCUCUCUCUCUCUCUACUGCUAGAGAGAGACCAGUUAGGGUUUGGGCCAAAAAUGUCUCACGCGGUGUUUCACACAGCACAAUUCGUGCCCAUGAACGCGCAGCUCCCCAAGAAGGCCAGGCUGGCGGGGCCGUUACAGCCGAUGACGAUGGUUGCGCCGCCUCCGCUCAAGGUCCGCCGCUCUAUUUCCGUCAAGGGAUGCUGUGCCUCGCCGUCGACUUCCGACUCGGUCGAAGGAGGACAAUCGACUCUGUUCGAGCGCUGCUUCGUCACGCCGACGUCGUCGCCGUCGAGGAGUGAGUUCGGUCCGGUGAUGAAGGGGCAGUACGGUGCGUUUGGUGCCGUGACGCUUGAGAAGGGCAAGCUUGAUAUGACUCAGAAGCAAUCCAAGUCUAGCCCCGAGCUGCAAGCUGGGGGAGGUGGUGGAGAUAUUGGAAAAAAGAUAAAUCAUGGAGGUGGUGAUGGAGGUGACGACGAUGGUGAUGAUGAUGAUUAUUAUGAUGACUUUGAUGACGGUGAUGAGGGGGAUGAUGGUGGCCUCUUUAGAAAACGCAUGUUUCUUGAAGAGCUGUUUGAUCGCAAAUUUGUAGAUGCAGUUUUGAACGAGUGGCAGAAGACAAUGAUGGAUUUACCUGCUGGCUUUCGGCAAGCUUAUGAAAUGGGAUUGGUCAGCUCUGCUCAAAUGGUCAAAUACUUGGCAACCAAUGCCAGGCCAACCACUACUAGGUUCAUUUCUCGUUCACUUCCUGAUGGGAUAUCAAGGGCAUUCAUUGGCAGAAUGCUUGCGGAUCCUGCUUUCUUGUAUAAGUUUCUCUUAGAGCAGGUUGGGACAAUAGGUUGCUCAGUGUGGUGGGAAGUAAAGACUCGUAAGGAAAGGAUAAAGAAAGAAUGGGAUUUGGCGCUUAUCAAUGUGCUAACAGUAACAGCAUGCAAUGCUGUUGUUGUCUGGACACUUGCUCCUUGCCGUUCUUAUGGGAACACAUUCAAGUUUGAUUUGCAAAAUACAUUGCAAAAGCUUCCCAACAAUAUAUUUGAGAAGAGCUACCCAAUGAGGGAAUUCGACCUGUCAAGGAGAGUUCAUUCUUUCUUCUAUAAGGCCGCAGAGUUGUGUAUGGUGGGACUAUCUGCUGGAGCAGCUCAAGGCGCUUUAUCAAACUUUCUAUCCCAUAAAAAGGAGGACAGGUUAUCGGUGACGAUACCUAGUGUGAGAGCAAAUGCCCUUGGUUAUGGUGCCUUCUUAGGACUUUAUGCGAAUCUGAGAUAUCAGCUGUUAUGUGGAUUUGAUAGAGCCGUAGUGAACCAUUUUGAUGUUAUUGGAGUGGCGCUGGUUCUAAGCACUGCAUUCAGGAUUUUGAAUAUUCAGAUAGGUGAGAGAUCAAGGUUGGCUUGGCUUGGGGUGGAGGCUGACCCUCUGGUUCAGUCUGAUGAUCUUUUGAAAGCAUAUAGUAGGCCCUCUGAGAGUGAUGAUCGGUCCUCACCAAAAUGGUUCAUAUCAAAGAAUGCAGUCGUAUCUGGACUUGGGCUCCUCGGCAUUAAACAAAGUAAUGAUUACUCUGUUGGAGAAGGGGAAUCUUCUGCCCCCAAGACACGUAGAAAGAGGAUUGUCCGGAAAAAGGUGGCUGCAUAGUUUGACUAAUGAAUUACCAUCAGAGCACAAUUUUGUUGCCUUUUUUUGUUUUGUUUGAGGGGGGCAUACAAAUUUCAUCGAAGCUGUAAACAGGAACGCGCAGGAGCUGUUGGUGCAGUAAUUUAUGGCAUCUCUGGCAGAGAAUUGCUGAAUGACGAAUAUCAGGAGACCGAUUUCUCAUUUUAAAGGAUAGUUCCUCUCAAUUCGAUUGUAAUAUGUUUGACCUCAAAAGUUCAGUGUAAUACUAGAUUUCAGUUUUAGGUAGAAAACUCAUCCGAAAAUAAGAGAUAUUUGCAGUUUCCGCCUUGAAUAGUGCCAUAUUUCCGAAUGUCUUGGAAGACACCAAACUAUAUGAAAAUGGAAACUCAUAUUGAGAUUUAAGCUUU